GUCCCAACGUUGGGGAGAUUUGUGCCUACCGCGUUGGCAUCGACUACGUCACGCACGCGGGCAGCCGCCUCGUCAGCCUAAGCGCUCCGGGCAGCAUUCGCUAAGCAUCCGCAUCGGGCUCUCAACAAAGCACAGUUUGACCCUUGCCCCCCACACCGCAGCGGACGCCGUCGACGCGACGUAUAAUAAUGGAGGGCUUCCUCGAGAAGAAGGGCGGCUCCCACAGCGGCCUGGGUUUCCUCCCCGUCGGGCGCCGCAACUGGAAGCGGCGGUGGUUCGUGCUCGAAGGGGCCGUCCUGACCUAUUACGAAGACUUCGACCCGGCGACGAACGCGCCCGUGGGCGCGGCGAAGGGCUGCGUCGACCUAAGAGGUUGUCAAGCAAAACUGUGCCCCCACAAGCCGCGGAAGGGCACGCCGCGCGUCCACACUUUUAGUAUAGAAAAACCCAAGGGCGAGCGGCUCCUCAUGGAGGCCACGGGCCCGAUGGCCGAGAAGCUCAAGUUCGCCUGGCUGCGCGCGUUGGAGGACGCCAUCGCCAAAUCCAUGUCCAAGGAAGGGCGGCGCGCGUCCCUCCGGGCGGCCCAGGAUGUGGAUCAACCGGAACAUUAUCAGCGGUUAGGCCUCGAGAAACGUGACGAUCUGACGGACAAGGACAUUCGCAAGGCCUACCGGCGCGUCGCCGUGGCGCGGCACCCGGACCGCGGCGGCGACCCUGAAGCCUUCAUCGCGCUGCACGAGGCCUAUGAGGUGAUUAUCAAUGCAAGGGCGGCGCGGCGCGAGGCCCUGCGUUACGGCGAGUGCGUCUUCGAGGGUCGGAUCAAGAAGGAGCCGAAGGGCGGUUUUGGAUUGACGGUCUGCGAGCGGAAGGAGGGCGGCGUCGCCAUCAAGCGCGUCGUGUUCUGGUCGUGUGCUACCACAUGCGUCGAGCGCCCCGAGGGUAUUGCACGGGAGCUGCCGUCGUCCGAAUUGUCUUUUCGAGCCGGGGACCGCAUCGUUGGCGUCUGUGCUGAAAUCAAAUUCCACGGCGCGGUCGUGCUGAAUCAUCGCGUCGUCCUCCACGCCAUCGACGCAGCGCCUGCUCGACGGCGUGGCGGUGCCGCUUCCUCACCGCUCGACGGAGCCAUCACGGCCACGUCAUCGCCGAGAAAUGACUUAGUGAAGAAUUGUCGGGUGCACCCGACGCACUGGUUGAUUUCCACACAGGUCGGCGUCGAGGGCGACGACACGCGGCGCUGGUCCGUGACGCGCUUGAUCCAGCGGCUGGACAACUUCCGGGUCCCCGCCGAGGCGUCUAUAUUGUUACGCGUGGCGCGGCCCGUGCUCCUGGACGUCCACGCGGAGCCGCGGCGCCCGUCCCGCGCGGAGCCGUCGCCGCGCCCGUCCCGCGACGGCGGCGCGGAGCCUUCCCGUGACGACGGCGCGGAGCCUCGGUCUGCCCGCGAUGACGGCGUGGAGCCCCGGCCUUCCCGCGAGGAUGACGGCGCGGCGGUGUCGCCCCCGCCGCCACCACCGCCGGACGACGGCCCCGCGGCCGCGAGCGGUCCGCCCGAGCGACCUGCGAGGCGGCGGUCGAGCGCGGCCGUGAGCGUGGCGAGCGAGCCCGACGCGGAGCUCCGGCGGGAGAACGACGAGCUGCGGAGCGAGGUGCUGCGGCUCCGCGAGUCGCUGGCCCUCGCGGACGCAAAACGGGCGACGGCCGAGCGCGAGCUGCGCGACGCGCGCGAGGACGCGGCGGCCGCCGCGCCGCCGCGUACGCCGCUGGCGGCGCGCAACGCCCCGGAGCCGGCCCCGGCCGCGAGCGCGGACAUUGCGCGGCGCCUCGAGCGGUUCAAGAAGCGGCUCGGCGCGAUGAACACGAAACCGGUCCCGGACCGCCAGGCACGGGUGCGUCGCGAGUCCUUCGUGGAGCGGGGUGAUUUGCAGAAGCGGGCGGCCGCGAUCGACCUGAGGUUGAGGUUUCGGCCCUCGGACGAGGAUCUGCGGCGGGCGAACAUCUGCCAUUUUCAUCGGCAGUGGCAUUUGUAAUAAUUAAAACAGUACUAU